AUGUUUGUUUUAAAGUUGAGUAAGAAAGUGCAUCAAAAGAAGAAGAAGGGGAGUUCAUCGAAGAAACUCAAGAGAAAAGCUCCAGUUGAACCUUCUUCUCCUACAUCUUCUGAGGAGACAAUUUUUGUGUCUGGGUCUCCAAGCCCAAUUCGAUCACCACCUCCUAAAACAACUACUUUGAGAUCAUCAUCAUUACCCAAAACACCAUCUCCACAAAGACCGUCAUCUCCAUCUUCACCAAAAUCACCUCAAAUACCUCAAACACCUAUUCAUCAAUCUUCGCCACUUCUAGAAAUCAUUUCACCUGUACCACCAACAAUGGAACAAACUCAACCUCAAACCAAUGUAUCGCAAAUCCAUUCAUCAUCAUCAUUUCCUCGAUCUCCUCCACCUACAUAUUUUCAAGGCCGAAUGAAAUCAAUUCCUGUUAAUAUCCGCAAAACAUUCAAGAGAUCUCGAUUUGAAUAUGAUCGAUUUCAAAAAACUGAACAAGAAGAUGCAAAUGAUUCGAGUGUUGAUGAAUCAGAUUCUGAUGAUGCAAAUAUGAUGGAAGCCGAGAGCUCCCAACUCUCGCAAGAUCAAACCUCCGCAAGCCAUUCGGAAGUCUCUCAACAGACUGACGUCUCAUUUUUGCAUGAGCAAAAUCCACGUACUCCAUUCCAUUCUCCUUCUGAGUCUGUAAAUGUUGAAACACAAGAGACAUCUGCUCCUCUCUUGAACUUAUUGUGA